AUGGCCGCCAUGAAGACCCUGCCAACUCGUCCGCUAGGGCGCACCGGGCCUCUUGUCCCUCGACUCGGACUAGGCCUGAUGGGUGCCAGUGGUACUUAUGGAGCUGCUUCCUCCGACGCAGACAGAUCUGCCCUUUUAGAUGAGGCAUACAAGAGGGGAGAACGCUUCUGGGAUACUGGCAAGUACCCGGCAGCAUCCGACAAGUACGGCGACUCCGAGGACCUCCUGGGAAAAUGGUUCACCGCAAACCCUGAGAAGCGAGAGGACAUUUUCCUUGCCAGCAAAUUCGGUAUCCGCCCGGCUCCAGACACUCCCUGGGGGUUCACCAUCGACUCAACCCCCGAGUACUGUCGAUCGGCCCUCGAUGCAUCUCUGCGACGUCUUGGCCUGCCAUUCAUCGAUCUUUACUAUGUUCACCGCCUUGACAAGAAGACACCAAUCGAACUGACUAUGCGGACGAUGGUGGAGCUGAAAAACGCCGGCAAGAUCAAGAACAUUGGGCUGAGCGAAUGCAGCGCCGAGUCCCUGCAGCGCGCACACGCCGUGCAUCCGAUUACCGCCGUUCAGGUCGAGUACAGUCUAUUUUGCACCGAGAUUGAGUCGCCACAGAGACGAUUGCUGGAGGUUGCGCGGGAGUUGGGCGUCGCAAUCGUGGCAUACAGCCCGCUUGGGAACGGGUUCUUGACUGGGAAGCUUCGCUCGCGUGAGGACGUCAGCAAGCCUGGUGAUUCGCGUGGCUUCCUGCCGUGGUUGAGUGAGGACAAUAUCGAGAAGAACGUGGCUGUUGUUGAUAAGAUUGCUGAGAUGGCUAAGGUAAAGGGUAUCACGACACCUCAGCUUGCGCUUGCUUGGUUGCUGGCGCAGGGUGAUGAUAUAUUUCCCAUUCCGGGAUCUUCGAGGGUCCAGCGAUUGGAAGAGAAUCUGAACAGCAUGUUUGUUUCUUUGUCGAAGGAGGAGGAGAACCUUCUUCGUGAGUACGCAGACGGCGUUGUUGGUGAUCGAUUCCAGAGCAAGACUGGGUACGAUUUUGGAGACACUCCUACUCUGGAGGAGUAG